AUGCCCGUUAAUGAGGCUCCAUGGCUGACAAGGAGAGUGGAACUUAUGUUCAUGGUAGCGAUGUUUUGCUUCUGCUUCAUGUUGGACUCCACGAAGUGCAAGACCGGCCGACUUGCAACCUGCCUUGGCGGCUCUGCCUCUCUGUGUGACCGCGACGUGGAGCAGGCAUGGUGCGACGACCUGGCGAUGCCGCUGGUCACUAGCAAUGAAGAGGAGCGGCGUGCCUGCGCCUCACAUAACUCCUCGCUUCUGCUCGUGCACGUGGUGGACGUUGGCGCCCCAGUGGCACUCACCAAGAAGUAUAAGACCGUGGGGCGUGUUCCCAUCACGCCGCUCGUGGCAGAGGCAAUGCGGAACAUAUCCGGAGGUGCAGUAACGGCGAACAAUGAGGGUGGCUUUCUCGGCGCGCCUCUUUUCGCCCCGCUGCGCAGCCACAUUGGACUGUCAUUGCCGAAGGCUGGUAACAGCCCUCCAGUAGGGGCAAUCAUCAAUGUCUCGUACAGUCACGACACAGUAGUGGUGCCGCCGGCGUCGACGCUACUGAUGGAUCUUGAAUCUGUGCUUCCGUUUCGAAACGAUUACUUCGCCAUCCGCCGCUACCUACCUGGCCUGCAGCGCGUCUUUGAGAGGCUGCUCUCGCGCAAGACCACCUUGUCUGCCAAGAAGCGGGAUCCCUGCUCGAUGGUGCAUCUGGUCAUUGCAACCGCUCUGAGGCCGGGCACGGAUGUCGCCUGGGUGGGUGAAAACACCACCCUCAUCCCCAUGAUACUUAGUGAGGCACAGAAACAUGUGCGGAGGACUAUAAGCCGGUAUCUGCGCAAGAAGCCUCGUUAUACGCGCUUACUCAAGAGUGUCUGGUUUGUUGACGUCCCGAUUGGAUAUCCCGUACAUGAUCUCAGCCUUAAAGAAUGUUUUAAUACGAUGAGCGCCAAGCAAAGGGGGGGAAACAGAGCUGCUGGUGGCUUUGGUAGUGAUGGCGGCUCCAAUGCUUCUGCAGCAGAACUAGCGGCGGCCGUAUGCACCACAAGUGGUGGUGCUGAGGCCAAGGCGUGCCGUGCGAUGUGCGCAGCGUAUCAAGAAGAGGUCUCCGCGUACCGUGCGGCGAACGAGGGUCUGCAAAAGACAGUGGGCGUAGGUGGAAGACGCCUUGGGCAGCGCAGCUUUCUACUUCCCUACCGUGAUCAUUUCCAUACUGGAGAGGCUAUGCAAUGCUCGCAUUGGCGAGAUUGCUCUUCACUAUCUGCUGAAGGUUCUACCGCAAUGGCGAGAAGCAUCGCAAGUAGUUUCUUCGCAUAA